UGAGGCAGCCUGUAUAUAAACUGUGCUGAAUUCAGACCUUAAGCACAACUACUGAUCAACACUUGUUUAACAGUCGACGACUGAAGACUUGAAGUUUUCUGUGUCAAAAGACAACUUUCAACAUGGAUAUAUUCAUCACAAUGCUGAGUGAGACCUACACCCUGACGGUGCAGCCAGAGGACACAGUUGGCUACCUGAAAACAGUCAUCCACCAGAAACUCGGAGUUCCCCCUUAUAAGCAGAGGCUGGUGUUUGUCAACGGCCAGAGGACCGACCUCAGCGAGGACGCACAGACAGUCAGCCACUACGGUCUGCGGUCUGGCUCCAGGGUGAUGCUGCUGGUGACCGAGCCGGCCACCAUCCAGGUGUUCCUGAGGAACGAUAAAGGGAAGAUGAGCACCUAUGAUAUCAAACCUGACUUGACCGUUGACGAAUUCAAGCGCAAGGUCGAGUGCAGAGAGUCGGUGCCGGUGAGCCAGCAGAGGCUCGUUUUCCAAGGCCGGGAGAUGUCCGGCGGUAAACUGUCCGACUACAAAGUCCAAGCUCUGAGCACCAUCGACCUGUGUCUCCGUCUGAGAGGAGGCUGAGGACACUUUGACACAGUUAAUACUUUAGACUGAGGACACUUUGACACAGUUAAUACUUUAGAAAGAAAUGUGAAUUAUUUUAUUUAAUAUAAACGGAGACCAAGUAGCCUUAAAUAUCAUAUUUACUUUUUUUUUUUAAAAAAAGCCCAAGCAUUCCAAUUGAUGUUUAUAUCGCCAUUAUUUCCAAAACUUAUGGUGUUUUAUUUGGUCUUAAUUCAGUAUUUUUUGUAAUACAAAUAUGUCACAGCACUGCAUGCACUAUAAUUUUAUUGUGAUAAAUACAUGUUGUUAUUAUGUUAAGUGGGUAUUGUUAUAAAUUCAUUAAUUAAUAAAGUCCCAAAUGUAAAUUUA